GCGCGAGGCAGGCGGGCGGCGGGAGCGGGAGGAGGAGCGGCCGCCGCCGCCACCGCCGCCGCCAUAGAGACUGUAGCCGUGGAGACUGUUACUUACCAACGGGGACCAACACGCAGCAGCCGCUGCUGCCGCCGCGGGAGCCGCUGCCCGAACUCCCGGCCCGAACUCCAGAGCUGAGCAUGCAGAACUCAGAGGGUGGAUCCGAUUCGCCGGCUUCUGUGGCUCUGUGUCCGUCGGCGGCAGCCCAGGCUCCCGUGGCCCGGCCUGUGCCAGCCUCCCCGCAGAGGGUGUUGGUCCAGGCAGCGGGCUCGGCUCCCAAAGGGGCUCAGAUGCAGCCAAUCUCCCUCCCCAGGGUCCAGCAGGUGCCACAGCAGGUCCAGUCCGUGCAACACGUGUACCCCCCGCAGGUGCAGUACGUGGAAGGCGGAGACGCCGUCUACACGAAUGGAGCCUUACGGACGGCCUAUGCCUACAACCCCGAGCCUCAGAUGUACGCCCCCAGCAGCGCAGCUUCUUACUUCGAGGCCCCGGGCGGCGCCCAGGUGACCGUGGCAGGCUCCUCCCCGCCGGCGGUCCCCUCCCACAGCAUGGUGGGCAUCACCAUGGAUGUCGGGGGGAGCCCCAUUGUCUCCAGCGCGGGAGCCUAUCUCAUCCACGGGGGGAUGGACAGCACCAGACACUCCCUGGCCCACACUUCCCGGUCAUCGCCAGCUACGCUUGAAAUGGCGAUUGAAAACCUCCAAAAAAGCGAAGGGAUCACUUCACACAAAAGCGGUUUACUCAACAGCCAUCUCCAGUGGCUGUUGGAUAACUACGAAACCGCAGAAGGCGUGAGUCUCCCCAGAAGCUCUCUCUACAACCAUUACCUUCGGCACUGCCAGGAGCACAAGCUGGACCCCGUGAAUGCCGCCUCCUUCGGGAAGCUGAUCCGCUCCGUGUUCAUGGGCCUGCGGACGCGGCGGCUGGGCACCAGGGGCAACUCCAAAUAUCACUACUAUGGGAUCCGUCUGAAACCAGACUCGCCUUUGAACCGGCUGCAGGAGGACACCCAGUACAUGGCCAUGCGGCAACAGCCCAUGCAUCAGAAGCCAAGGUACCGGCCAGCCCAGAAGACCGACAGCCUUGGGGACAGUGGCUCGCAUGGCAGCCUGCACAGCACACCAGAGCAGGCCAUGGCCGCCCAGAGCCAGCACCACCAGCAGUACAUAGAUGUCUCUCACGUCUUCCCGGAGUUCCCGGCGCCUGACCUGGGCAGCGUCUUGCUGCAGGAGAGCAUCACGCUGCACGACGUCAAGGCGCUGCAGCUGGUCUACCGGAGGCACUGCGAGGCAACUCUAGAUGUUGUGGUGAACCUCCAGUUUCACUACAUUGAGAAGCUGUGGCUUUCCUUCUGGAACUCGAAAGCUUCCUCGGGUGAUGGCCCGGCCUCCCUACCUGCCAGCGACGGGGAGCCCGAGGGUGCCGUCCUGCCGAAGGACAAGCUGGUGUCUCUGUGUAAAUGCGAGCCCAUUCUCAAGUGGAUGAGGAACUGUGACCACAUCCUGUACCAGGCCCUGGUGGAGAUCCUCAUCCCCGACGUGCUGCGGCCGGUGCCCAGUACCCUGACACAGGCCAUCCGUAAUUUCGCCAAGAGCUUGGAAGGCUGGUUGACGAACGCCAUGAGAGACUUCCCACAGCAGGUCAUCCAGACCAAGGUAGGCGUGGUCAGUGCCUUUGCCCAGACCCUGCGCAGAUACACGUCCCUCAAUCACCUCGCUCAGGCAGCCCGGGCGGUGCUUCAGAACACUUCCCAGAUCAACCAGAUGCUCAGUGACCUCAACCGCGUGGACUUUGCCAACGUGCAGGAGCAGGCCUCGUGGGUGUGCCAGUGCGAGGAGAGCGUGGUGCAGCGGCUGGAGCAGGACUUCAAGCUGACCCUACAGCAGCAGAGCUCCCUGGACCAGUGGGCCAGCUGGCUCGACAACGUGGUCACCCAGGUCCUAAAGCAGCACGCCGGCAGCCCCAGCUUCCCCAAGGCUGCCCGGCAGUUCCUUUUGAAAUGGUCCUUUUAUAGCUCCAUGGUGAUCCGCGACCUCACGCUGCGCAGCGCCGCCAGCUUCGGCUCCUUCCACCUGAUCCGCCUGCUUUACGACGAGUACAUGUUCUACCUGGUGGAGCACCGUGUUGCGGAGGCAACUGGAGAGACACCCAUUGCUGUGAUGGGAGAGUUCAAUGAUCUCGCCUCCCUAUCGCUGACCCUGCUCGAUAAAGAUGACAUCAGUGAGGAUCGUGGCAGUGAGGCUGACCCCGACGCCCACAGCCUGGGGGAGCCCCUGGUGAAGCGAGAACGCAGUGACACGAACCACUCCUUGCAGGGCAUCUAGCUCUGUGGUGCCUUCCCCAGGCUCCAGACCAGGACCCUCGAGCUCCACUGCAAUAGUGCCUCUUAGAUGAUGUGACCUUUGAUCUGACUCACGGGGCACCAGUGCACCCUCAAAGGGCACACCAUUCUUCAAGAAGAAAACCGAUGUUAACCACAACAGAAGGUCACAUUGGACUCCUGAGUGCCUGAGCUGCUCACCUGGCACCUCCUGGGUCGCCUUUUCCUUCUGAGUGUUCUUGUCCUUUCCUCUGCCAGACCGUGAACUUUGGUCCAACUCUACACAUCCUGCCUGAGAGCUGAAAGGGGCCAUGCUGGACGAGCUGGUACCUCCACGUUGGGCUUCUCUUCUGUUCAGCUGCCUCCAGCUUCCACCAUGAUUUUUUAAAACUCAGAUCACAGGAGAAAUGGGGUGUCCUGUAGCUGUUGGGCUAUACUGAGCUGACCAGUGUCCGCAGAGCCCCCCGCCCUGGUGCUUUGUGGGGGGAAGAGACCAUCUCAGCGCUGUGCCCAGGGCCUCCUACACUGCCAGCUAUGCUGAGGCACAGAUGCUGGCCCACAGCAGCCCCAUCUGCAGACACCAAAGGUCCCCAGAAGCAGCCAUCAAUCGUUGAGUCCCUGGGCCAUGCACAGCUCAAGGCCCCAUGUGGCUUAAAGAACAAGUCACAGAAAUGGCUUGCCCAAGCCAAGACACAGUGGUGUCUAAGAAUCAAAACCAGAAGUUUUAUCAGCAACUGGAAGGACUUGGGUUCUAUCCAAGUUCAUAGCCAACAACAAGCCAAACUACUGGGUCUGGAAUGAGUUUGUUCCGAGGGGGCUGGGUGGUUGGUGUUUCAGUGUCGCCUUCCAAGGGCAGCCAUUGAGCCAAGUCUGCUUGGCUCCUGCUUCAUAGAACCUUCUGGAUGUCUGCCUUUGAAUUAGCGAUCCUGGAGCACUUUGACCCUGGGCAUGUCCCAUCUUGAACUACUCAAAAUCAAAACUCUUCUCUGGGAUAAAUGAAUCCCAAGGACUUGCACAGCCCUUGAACUUUGGACACUCCGGAUCUGUAUCCGUCAUAACACAUUUGCACUUGGUUAGCUCCAUGCAAGAGUUCUGCCCCUAAACCAGCUAUAAAGAAGAAAGACAAACCUCUGGUCUAGGAAGCACCAUCUUUUUGAAAUGCAAUAGUUUUUCCUUUUGGAAAUAUGUUUAUACCAAUAGUUUUGUGCUCUAAUUGUUAUUAGAACGUUUCUUAUGAACAUGUAUAUUGCAGUAUAUUCGGCCCCCAAUAUUUUUUUUUGUCAUUCACGCAGAAGGUACUAAUGUAAACUCACGUGGCCUUUAAAAACCUUACUUCCCGACAAACGGGAGCGCCGUGCACUCCUAGGCCACGCCAGGUGUGCGGGGAGGUGUGGAGGGGAAACACAAGAAAGAUAGGCGCUUAUUUUAGAAACCAAAAGUCUGUAUAAUAAUCACAAUGUUUGUCUGGUUUUACAGUUCAAGACUCAGAUGAAAUCAGACACAAAGAAUGUCUUUAAAAUAUAUAUCUCCUCUCCUGGGAGACAUUUAAGCUCACGGUUCACGGAG